CGCUCCUGCUGCCUGGCGUCGCCUGGGCCGGUGGCCAGCGUCCUGGUCCGAGUUCUCACGUGGGAAACGGCUGCUCCCCGGGGGAUGGACAGCCGCCCUCUGGCCCGGACCACGGAGGCUGGAGCCUGUCCGUCCUGGGCAGCCUAGUCUCUGCGUCUCCCUGGAGCGGAGGGCACGCCCGCCCCCAGGACCCUGCAGGCUCUGCCCUGGACGCGCUGCAGGCCGGGGAGCCGGGGAGCCACGGAGCCACGGUCGGCUCUGCCGUGACGCACGUGGCAGAGGGGCUGCUCCGCGAUUUUAGGUGGAAGUUGUGACUGGAAAACGUUUCCAUUGGAGACGCGGGACCACACCCCAGCGGCUGCCCUCGCUUCAGAGAGGACGCCCUGCACCCCUGUUACAGGAUGUCCGAAGGGGACAGCGUGGGAGACUCCGUCCACGGGAAGCCUUCUGUGGUGUACAGGUUCUUCACACGCCUCGGCCAGAUCUACCAGUCCUGGCUGGACAAGUCCACACCGUACACGGCCGUGCGAUGGGUGGUGACGCUGGGCCUGAGCUUUGUCUACAUGAUUCGGGUCUACCUGCUGCAGGGCUGGUACAUCGUCACCUACGCCUUGGGGAUCUACCACCUGAACCUCUUCAUCGCUUUCCUGUCUCCCAAGGUGGACCCGUCCCUGAUGGAGGACUCAGAUGACGGCCCCUCGUUGCCAACCAAACAGAACGAGGAGUUCCGGCCGUUCAUUCGGAGGCUCCCGGAGUUUAAGUUUUGGCACUCGGCCACCAAGGGCAUCCUGGUGGCCAUGGUCUGCACCUUCUUUGAGGCGUUCAACGUCCCGGUGUUCUGGCCCAUCCUGGUCAUGUACUUCAUCAUGCUCUUCUGCAUCACCAUGAAGAGGCAGAUCAAGCACAUGAUCAAGUACCGGUACAUCCCAUUCACGCACGGCAAGAGGACGUACAAGGGGAAGGAGGACGCAGGCAAGACGUUUGCGAGUUAGAUGGCCGCCCGGCCGCCCCCCGGAGCCCUCGGCGCGUCUGAGCCGUUGUAACGGCGCCUCUUUCUUCACAUAAAGUAGUUGAUGGCGAGGGAGUCGGAUUUUCUUUUUAAAAAGGAGCUUCAAUUAUUUGUAACUGAAAUAACAGGUUCUCGAGGAAACUGACACAGAACCUGAAUUGCAUUGAUUCAUUUACAGUGACACCAGGUGUUUAAAUGGACAGAAUGAGUCAGUCAGGCUGGGCAGCCGGUCGAGGGGGCUGGGGGUGAAGGACCCUCUGAGGCGGCCGUGGGCAGGCCCAGCGGGAGCAGGCGCUGCGGAGCCUGCGGUGGAGCAGCUGUGUCCACGAGGUGGCACGAACGCUGGGUCCCAGCCGCUUCCCAGCCUCGCCUCGCGGAGGUGGUCCCACCGGCCUCAUGACUGGAAGCUCUGUUCCUAGCCACAUGAUUGCUCUUGGGGCCUGGAAUUAUAAAUAUAUAUUAUAUUUUAAUUGUUUGAGAUUAUUUUGACCUAUUUCUUUCCUACGUGAAGAGUUGCUGAAUGUGAAUGUCCCCGGUUCUGUGGGUCCGGCGGCUCCUGCGAGGAUCAGCGGGGACCUGCGUGCCGACGUCCGAUGUGAUGGAAACAUACUCGUGGCCCUUUUACUCAGUGACUUUUUAAUUCAAACGUUAUUAAAGACGGUGUGCCCUU